AUGAUGGACAGUAGAAGCUACUCUAAUCUACAAGACAAUCUGUCUGUCUUCCCUGAUUCUGCCCAUUUGCAACUGACCCGGUCCUUUUAUCUGGACCCUAUGGUCAUGUUCCACAUGUAUCCUGAGACCACAGUGCCAUCUCCUUAUCCUGAAGAGCUGCCAUUAUUGCCUUUUUCCAGUGACACUGUGAUCAUGGAAAAUUACGGUGAUCCACGCCCCUUCUCUUUCCCAAUGCCUUAUCCAAAUUACAGAAGGUGUGACUACUCCUAUGGACCAGCCUUUAUUCGGAAAAGGAAUGAACGUGAAAGGCAGCGCGUGAAAUGUGUCAAUGAAGGCUAUGCCCAACUCCGCCAUCAUCUGCCAGAGGAGUAUCUAGAGAAACGACUCAGCAAAGUGGAAACCCUCAGGGCUGCAAUCAAGUAUAUUAAUUACCUGCAGUCUCUUCUGUACCCAGAAAAGAUUGUAACCAAAGACAACCCUGGGAAAGGAUUCACCAUAAUGGCCACCAGCAGCCACCAAACCGAUUGCAUCUUCAGAAUUGUUUGA